AUGGAUUCUGAUGUCAAACAAGCUCCUGACAUCGAAUCUAAUGAACAAGAAACUAAUAAUGAAGAAGAAACAACAAAUGAACCAGAAUUUAAUGACGAAAAUCCACCACUGCCAACAGAAUCUCCGUUAUUUGUAGAGCAAGAAGUUAUUAAACCCGAAUCAGAAGAUCAAGCAGAAGUUCAAUCUACAAGUUCUACAGAAGCAAAUCCUAAUACUUUUCCUUUAACAGGAUAUGAAUCUCCAAUUGUUGGGGAUUCAGAAUCGACAGGAGAAUCUAAAAAGUCUGAAAUAGAAGUUAGUGCUCUAUUUCAUGGCGUUCCAACUGCUUCUUCCAAAAAAUCUAAGAAAACAAAAAAGAAAAAAACUAAACCCAAACCAGAACCUUCUAAACUACCUCCUCUUACGCAAUCAUCUAGUUCUACUAACGAGUCUGUUCCAAUUCAAGCAAAAAUUGAGAAUGAAAUCGGAAAAAGAACUCGAUCGAUGUUAGUUGAACAAAAAAGGCAAAAAGCGGCAGAAGAUUUGCAAAAAAAGAUAGAAGAGAAAGAUCAGAAAACUAGAGAAACUUUAUAUAACAAUUCUGCAGCGAAUUACCAACGCGCCUGUGAAAAAUGCAUUGCAGAGCAACAAAAAGUCGCUAUUGUUGCGAAUAGACGCUCUUUACAAAUGUCUGAGUACCAAAUGCAUUGCAUGAAUAAGAUUCAGCGAAAUGAAGAAGCCGAACGAAGAGCGAUGGAAAUUCAAUAUCAAAAAGUUCAAAAGAUGCAAGAAAGAGCUGCUGAUAGAUGGCUAAAGCAACAUAUAGCAGCACAAGUUUCUCAGCAAAUCGAAAGAAGAAGAGAAUCUGCAGCAAGACAAAAAGUUAGAAGAGAAGCAGAGCGUUUAGCCAAAAUAGAAAGAGAACUAGCCGAAAAAAGACAGAAGGAGCUUGAAGAAAAGAGAAUUAUUGAAAAUGCUAUUAUGAAAAUGGGGAAUUCUUCCCGCAACUAA